AUGCAUCACUGUAAGCGAUACCGCUCCCCUGAGCCAGACCCGUACCUGAGCUACCGAUGGAAGAGGAGGAGGUCUUACAGUCGGGAGCAUGAAGGGAGACUGCGGUACCCGUCUCGAAGGGAGCCUCCGCCCCGGAGAUCUCGGUCCAGAAGCCAUGACCGCCUGCCCUACCAGAGGAGGUACCGGGAGCGCCGGGACAGCGACACAUACCGGUGUGAAGAGCGGAGCCCGUCCUUCGGGGAGGACUGCUACGGGUCUUCGCGUUCCCACCACCGGCGGCGGUCGCGGGACAGGGAGCCAUACCGGCCCCGCAAGCAUGCCCACCACUGCCACAAACGCCGCACCAGGUCUUGUAGCAGCGCCUCCUCGAGAAGCCAACAGAGCAGUAAGCGCAGCAGCCGGAGUGUGGAAGAUGACAAGGAGGGCCACCUGGUGUGUCGGACCGGCGAUUGGCUCCAGGAGCGAUAUGAGAUCGUGGGGAACUUGGGCGAAGGCACGUUCGGCAAGGUGGUGGAGUGCUUAGACCAUGCCCGAGGGAAGUCUCAGGUGGCCCUAAAGAUCAUUCGCAACGUGGGCAAGUACCGGGAGGCCGCCCGGCUAGAAAUCAACGUUCUCAAAAAAAUCAAGGAGAAGGACAAAGAGAAUAAGUUCCUGUGUGUCUUGAUGUCCGACUGGUUCAACUUCCAUGGGCACAUGUGCAUCGCCUUUGAGCUCCUGGGCAAGAACACCUUUGAAUUCCUGAAGGAGAAUAACUUCCAGCCUUACCCGCUGCCGCACGUGCGGCACAUGGCCUACCAGCUCUGCCACGCCCUCCGAUUUCUACAUGAAAACCAACUGACCCAUACAGACUUGAAGCCAGAGAACAUCUUGUUUGUGAAUUCAGAGUUUGAAACUCUCUACAAUGAGCACAAGAGCUGUGAGGAGAAGGCAGUGAAGAACACCAGCAUUCGAGUGGCUGACUUCGGCAGUGCCACCUUUGACCAUGAGCACCACACGACCAUUGUGGCCACCCGUCACUACCGCCCACCUGAGGUGAUCCUUGAGCUGGGCUGGGCACAGCCCUGCGAUGUCUGGAGCAUCGGCUGCAUUCUCUUUGAGUACUACCGGGGCUUCACACUCUUCCAGACCCACGAAAACCGAGAACAUUUGGUGAUGAUGGAGAAGAUCCUAGGGCCCAUCCCCUCACACAUGAUCCACCGUACCAGGAAACAGAAAUAUUUCUACAAAGGGGGCCUGGUUUGGGAUGAGAACAGCUCUGAUGGCCGGUAUGUGAAGGAGAACUGCAAACCUCUGAAGGUCAGUUUCUGGCUUCCCCCAGCUCGGCUCCUGCCAAGGAGGCCCCAGGCACUGGGCAGACACACAGCAGAGACCGGCCUGGCAGCUACAGGCUGCCUCCUCGCUCCGGCUCUGUGGGAGGCCACACCCGAGGCUGCUGGGUGCGGGCCAUGGGGCUGCUUGCCAACCGCCCCCCGAGGGGCCCUUAGCCCCGUCCCUCCCCCACAGGGUGGCCAUGGAUGUAAUGGGGGAGCACCAGAAGAGCCCGAUGUCAGAGACCUUGCUGCCUCCGGUGCUCCUCUUCUCUCAGUUUUGGGAAGAACUAGGCAGGACUGAGGUGAGGGGGAGGGAAGAUGUAGACAUGGCCUGAAAUCCUCUGUCGACGGCAUCUGGUGCCCGGACCAGUGAAUUCUACAGAGGGGACACUGCCCACCUGUCGGGACGUUGCAUGCAGGGGCAGAGGCACCAAGCCAGCGAGACGCUCAGAGCCAAAAGCUCUACGCGGGCAUGCAAGGAGCAGAGCCGCUCGCGGUCCAGGAGGGCAGAAGUGGUCCUCCGGGGGGCAAGCACUGGCUCCUCGAGCCCUGCAGCAAGGCCUCCCAGAGGCUCGGGGACCCGCGGUGGCCCCCCGGCCCCGCCGUCACACUGCGGCACCUUGUGUCCCUGAGCAGAGCUACAUGCUCGAGGAUGCCUUGGAGCACGUGCAGCUGUUUGACCUGAUGAGGAAGAUGUUAGAAUUCGACCCUGCCCAGCGCAUCACACUGGCGGAGGCCCUGCUGCACCCCUUCU